GUGGGUUUUACGUGCGAAGGGGACCGUCAUGUUGUUGUUUCUGUUCGGCUUCCUUCAACUGCUGAGCGGCGGACACCUGGCCUGUUUGCGGAAACUACUCUCUGAACAUGAGGGAGCAGACACCCAAGAAGUGUUUGUGGACCAAGGCGACGCCAACUCGUUCCUGGGGCGCCACCUGCUGUUCAAUCGGUUUGACUUCGAGAUGUUCGUGCAAGGCAACCUGGAGAGGGAAUGUAUGGAAGAAGUCUGCAACUAUGAGGAAGCAAGGGAGGUGUUUGAAAACAUCCCUGCCACAGAUAAUUUCUGGAAUAAAUACACAAAAGAUCACACAUCGGGCUCCACUCGGGUCGAUGUGACGGCUCUUUUGGUGGGACUCAUUUCUUCUGCAGUGGUCGUUUUURUAAUCGCCAUCUUGAUCUGGUAUUUCUGUAAAGAUAAAAAGAGCAACGUUAGUCGCGCAAGUUCCAUUCAGGGCCGUCCCAGAAGGAGCAACGCUUCUCUAAUAAUGCAUAGAUUAGAGGAGGUCUCCAGACAGCCUGUGCUUCCCCCUCCGGAUGUAGAUGACCCCCCUGGUGGUCUCCCCACAUAUGAUGAGGCAAUCUCAAGAAAUGGACCUCAUGAUGCCCCACCUCCCCCGUAUCCUGGCUCAAGACCUGGGAGUGUUCGGCGGUAGGAUCUUCAGACCACAUGAGUCAAAAUUAAACUGUUUAUGGAUCACAUUUAUGUUGUAAUUUAAUGUUUUGUUUUUUGAAGGAUGCAUUUUUUUWACAUCAUUAAUUGAAUACAGCCAGUUUGAAGAUUUUAAAUAUAGACUUUUUUAAAACUGACAAAAAGGUGUUAAACUAUUUUAGAUGAUCAUUUUAAUUCUAGGGUUUUGGACUUUUAUUUUCCUAGUCAUUACUUUCCUCCACAGUUUCUGACUUUGAAUGUGUUUGGUCGUGGAUUUUCUUGACUGUUGAGUCUCAAAAUCCCCAUUUUUCGGCAGAUUUUCCAUUAUGAUUUUAGCUUUUUAUCUGAUUGUGCUCCUGAUUUUUUUUCCUUUUGCCAAAUUAAAACCCUGCAACUUUUUUACGUUUGCCUUAGAAUAUAAACUUUUUUAAGAUCUGUGGCAGUAGGUUUUAUCUUUCAAAUGUGAUUUUAUGAGGUUUUGGCUUACCUUAUUUUGUGCCUUUGCCAAUGCUUCUUUCUCUUUUUGUUUUCUUGACUGUGUCUUCUGCUGAAUAAGCUUCACAAUACAUUUGAUGCAGAUUGUUUUGAAAAUUAAUAAAACCUAUAGGAACUUCAAGUUGCUGGAACCCCUGUUGGUCUUCAGUAGAACAGGUGUUUUUAAAUAAUCAUGUAUAUUUAGACCAAAGAUGUGAAGAUUUAAUGCCACAGCACAGCUGGUGUUAAUUACUGUGAUGGAGGCAGACUGACUUGUACACAAAAAGAAGUUGUAACAGCGAAAAGCUGCUUUUAUUAAAGGUAAAUCUAAACAAAGUGCUAAAUCUGUUUUUGAUGCACUGACCGUUGUUAGUUUUAUUGGGAUUGAUUUGUUUAUUUUCAUAGUCAUAUCUACCAUUCAUCUCUGAAAUGUGCAAAUUUUCUUGCUGCUACAGUAUUUGGUGUUAUGUGUACUUGUAUGCAAAGUCAUUUAUUUAUCUAUUUCGUUAUCUAUGCUGUGAUGAAAUAUUAAAUAAACUAUGAUAAAAGCUUU